AUGCCGAGCAUAUUUUCCUACCAGAGCGCCGAAGUCGACUGGUGUGAAGGCAACUUUGAGCGCUCAACAGUCAUUGCGGAGUACUACAACACCAUCAGCAAUGUAAGCUUCUUUGUCCUUUCUCCCGCCUUGCUCUACCUGAACCGGCAGUACCGUCAGCACCGUGCCUUGCCCAUGUAUGUCGUCUCCUGCCUGCUUUUCUGCGUAGGUAUCUUUUCCAUGUACUUUCACAUGACCCUGAGCUACGUAGGACAACUCUUGGAUGAGCUCUCUAUCCUCUGGACACUGGCUGUGGCAUAUUCCUUUUGGUACCCGAGGGUUUACUUCCCCAGGUGCAUCAAGACCAGGAAGCAUUUCUUCUGGUUGAGUGGUAUCACCACCGUGAUCAGUACCUUGAUGUCCUUCAUCAAACCAGCUUUCAAUGCCUAUGUGCUCAACUGCAUCGCCUUCCACCUGCUGUACCUGACAUGGCGUGAGCUGAAAAAGUGCAAUGACAAAAGGGUUCACCGGAUGGCCGCAGUCAUGGUCUUGUGGUGGGUACUGGCCAUCAGCAGCUGGAUAAGCGACAGGUGGCUUUGUGGGCUCUGGCAGGCGAUCAACUUCCCCUACUUCCACAGCUUCUGGCACGUGCUGAUAGCCAUGUCCCUCCUAUACUGCUGCCCACUGGUCAUCUACUUUGAUGUCUGCUACGAGAUGCCAUUGUUCAAGCCAAAGCUAGAAUAUUGGCCCAGUGACUCCUGGCCUGUCGUGGUGCCUUACGUUACCCUGGAAGAACCCCACAAGCAGUGCUAG